CGCAGAGUCUCCGGAAGUGAAGGGUGUGAGAUCCCGUGCUGAGCUGGCUCAAGGUAGCGGGACUCGCAACGUUAGGGCGCUGCCCCCGGGCUGGCCAUGAACGGGCCGGCGGACGGCGAAGUGGACUACAAAAAGAAAUACCGGAAUCUGAAGCGGAAGCUCAAGUUUCUUAUCUACGAGCACGAGUGCUUCCAGGAGGAGCUGAGGAAGGCGCAGAGGAAGCUGCUGAAGGUGUCGCGGGACAAGAGUUUCCUCCUAGAUCGACUUCUGCAGUAUGAGAACGUGGAUGAAGACUCGUCCGACUCAGAUGCCACGGCAUCUUCAGAGAACAGUGAGGCCGAGGGGACGCCCAAGCUACCGGACACGCCAGCCCCUAAGAGGAAGAGGAGCCCCCCGCUGGCGGCCACGCCCUCCCCGUCCAGCCUCUCCCUGCCGCCCACGUCAGGGUUUCCCCUCCAGGCCUCUGGGACACCCUCCCCAUACCUGAGCUCGCAGCUGGCCUCUCCCCCUUACCCCCCACUCCCUUCUGACUACCUGGCCCUGCAGCUGCCCGAGCCCAGCCCCCUGAGGCCCAAGCGGGAGAAACGGCCCCGCCUGCCCCGGAAACUCAAGAUGGCGGUGGGACCCCCCGACUGCUCCGUGGGUGGGCCGCUGACCUUUGCUGCUCGGGGCCCUGGGGCUGGGGUCGGGGCCCUGCCCCCGCUACCCCCUCCCAAGAUGCCCCCACACACGAUCCUGAGCACCGUCCCUCGGCAGAUGUUCAGCGACGCAGGCAGUGGGGACGAUGCCCUGGAUGGGGACGAUGACCUGGUGAUCGACAUCCCUGAGUGACCGCACACGGCCUGGUGUCCUUACGUUUAUUGGCGCCCGGUUGCCAUGCUUUGGCCACUGACAUGAUCGGAAAAGGCGUAAACAUGCACAUGUGUCCCUGGGAAGGUGGCAGGCCCCGGGAACAGCUGUUUGAAUGAGUGGCCCAGGAGCACCUGCUGCCCUUGGACGCAGACCACCUGUGGCGCAGGCCAGCCCCGUCAUGGCAGCUGUCAGGGUGGGAGAUUUAAUGAAGGUUGCGUUGAAGGA